ACCCCCCUAGUUCCAGCCCCCCCCCACAGGACUGAUACUCCACAAACUAUCCAGACGUAGUGACAGCGCCCCCCUAGAAACUUCAACAUGGAUGAUCUACCACCUGAGCAAAUCUCUGUGCUGAGAAAAGCGUUUGAUGCCUUUGACCGUGAGAGGUCGGGCAGUAUACCUACAGACAUGGUGGCUGACAUUCUUCGACUCAUGGGACAACCUUUCAACAAGAAAAUCCUCGACGAACUGAUUGAAGAAGUAGAUGCCGACAAAUCAGGCCGAUUGGAGUUUGACGAGUUUGUUACAUUAGCAGCUAAGUUCAUUGUUGAAGAGGAUGAUGAGGCAAUGCAGAAGGAGUUGAGAGAAGCUUUCAGACUCUACGACAAAGAAGGAAACGGCUACAUCCCCACCUCCUGUCUCAAGGAAAUUCUGAGAGAACUCGAUGAUCAACUGACCAAUGAGGAACUCGACAUGAUGAUUGAUGAAAUCGACUCUGAUGGAUCAGGAACAGUCGACUUUGAUGAAUUCAUGGAGAUGAUGACUGGCGAAUGAAGUUCUCUCGGUCACUUUCUCAACUUCCAUCUCAAGCUUGUGUUCCUCUUUUUUAUAACUUUUCUUUCACAUGAUCAUUGUAUAUUUUGUCACUACAUGUUUUGUUAACAUUUUAUUAAUAUAAUAAUUCUGGUAUUGUU